GUUGGAAGUAAACGGUAGCCACAACCUGAAGUGGACGUCGUCAAACGUUGUCAACUUUUACAGCAAGCUCGGAUGUGGAAGAAAGUUUAACAAAACACAUCGUUGAACGUCGAAGCAACACCCUAAUGCGGGGACCUUCAAGCUUCACCAAGGACAGUUUUCUGUUCAAAAGUCUGCAAGUCACCAUACGAAGUCCUUCGUGGUCGUCAAGAAGUCCUUCGCAAUUGCGCCAGUACAGUCUCGGCCCGAGCAAAAUGGCACCACGAGACCCCAACACCUUGUCCAACUACAACUGCUGGCUCACCCGCCACACCACGGUUGACUUCAAAGUCAACUUUGAAAAGCAGCGUCUUGAGGGUUCCGUCUCACUCAAGCUGGAAUCGCUAACGGACAAGGAAAGCAAGGAGAUCGUGCUUGACACCAACUUCCUGACUGUCACUUCGGUAAAGCUGGACUCCUCGGAAUUUCCCUGGGAGAUCCGGGACAGAGUCGAGCCGUAUGGGGCACCACUCUAUAUCUCUGUGCCCGAUGGUGUCACCAAAGGAGAAUCCGUCAAGCUUGAUAUCGUACUCGAGACCACGUCAAAAUGCCUGGGUCUCCAGUGGAUGACUCCUGAACAAACGGGCAACAAGAAACACCCGUACGUCUACUCGCAGUGUCAGGCGAUUCUGGCACGAUCCAUCUUCCCUUGUCAAGAUACGCCUGACGUAAAGUCCACCUUCACGUUCAAUAUCACUUCUCGUCUUCCCGUCGUUGCAAGCGGUGUUCCAGUUCCUUCGGACACCGCGGGUGAGGGAGAGAAGCUAUUCCAAUUCGAACAGAAGGUUCCUAUCCCGUCGUACCUCUUCGCCUUGGCAUCAGGAGACUUGGCUUUCGCACCCAUUGGCAAGAACUCGGUCGUGGCGACAGGUCCGGAGGCGAUUGAUGGUGCCCAAUGGGAACUUAAAGGAGACAUGGACAAGUUCCUUGAUGUGGCCCAGAAGCUUGUGUUUGACUACCAAUGGGGGGAGUAUAAUGUUCUGGUGCUGCCCCCGAGUUUUGCCUACGGAGGCAUGGAGAACCCUAUCUUCACAUUCGCGACACCUACCAUCAUAAGUGGAGAUAGACAGAAUGUAGACGUCAUUGCACAUGAACUGUCACACAGUUGGAGCGGUAACCUUGUCUCUACUUGUAGCUGGGAACAUUUCUGGCUCAAUGAGGGGUGGACGACCUAUCUCGAACGCCGAAUAGGCGCUGCUUUACACGGCGAGCCUCAGUUCGAUUUCUCCGCCAUCAUAGGCUGGAAAGCGCUAGAGGACUCGGUCAAGCUGUUUGGCGAUGACCACGAGUUUACCAAGCUAAUCGUCAGUCACAAAGGAGUCGACCCAGAGGAUGCCUUUAGCUCCGUCCCAUACGAGAAGGGAUUUCACUUCCUUUACUAUCUAGAUAGGCUAGUUGGUCGGGAACACUUCGACAAGUUCAUUCCUCACUAUUUCCAGACGUGGGCUCGCAAAUCUCUGGAUUCAUUUGAGUUCAAGCAGACCUUUUUAGAUUUCUUCAACGGCUAUGGAAACGAAGAGAUCAAGGAAAGGAUUGCGCAGAUCCCCUGGGAGGAGCGCUUCUACAAGCCUGGCCUCCCCCCAAAGCCAGACUUUGACACUUCCUACGUGGACAGUUGCUUGGCCUUGGCCGAGAAAUGGAAACAGGAGGAAUACAAGCCGGAUGCCAAAGAUAUCGAGCCAUUCACGGCAAAUCAGACGUUGGUCUUCCUCCAGGCUGUGCAGGAUUUCUCCCCAAGCCUGAGCGCCGAGAGAUCGCAUCUUCUUGGUACCACAUACAACAUUAGUUCUUCGAAGAACGUCGAGCUCAAGUCGGCGUACUACGUCAUCGCCUUGAAAGCCGGCGACAAGCGGGAACUCCCCGGCAUUGUCGAGCUUCUUGGAGGUGUUGGUCGCAUGAAAUUCGUGCGGCCGUUGUAUCGCCAUCUCAAUGCGGUGGACAGGGACCUCGCGGUCAAGACGUUCGAGAAGAACAAGAACUUCUACCCAUCGACCACUAAGUCGCAGUUAGCUAAGGAUUUAAGCUUGAAGUAGACCUGCAACAGGUGCCGCCCUCAAGUCAGAUACUCGAUGCCAUGGGGCUCUGUCUUGCUGGACACUUGUCAAAGGGCAGCCAUCAAGACAAGGCUAAUGAGAGCUUAAUCCUACUCAUCUGUGAAAUUAGAGUACUUAUUUCUUGAAUCUUUCUAUUUGCGUACAUGUGAGCCUG